UCACUUCGAUUAACUUCGUGGUUGAUGUUUUUUGCGACAUGUUUUGAUCCAGAUUUUCGUCCAGAAUAAUCGUUUAAAAAUCGUCCAGAAUAAUCGUUUAAAAAUCUUCCAGACACUUCUGAAUUGAUAAUUGAUUUCUAUCUUAUUAUUCUUGCUCGCCGAGUUAUUUCACCGAACUCUGCCGCGACCGCUGAGAAUCUCGUGGCGCGUUAUUGGCAACACUUCACAACAUUUCACCGAGUAAUCUUGCGUUUGUCAACCAGAGUUGUCGCGAGUGAUCUUGCGAGAGGUAGUAUUUUAUUUACGUGACAUUUUUAAGUGAAACGGAGAGAGGAAGCCGAAUCCCUGUGCCCGCGUCGUGAUUUGGAAUAAUCCGUUUCCGAAAACAAACCAGGCAUGGAUGAUUUGCAGAAUUACAAGCUGCAGCUCCAACAGGUGGAAGCGGCUCUUACGACAGAUCCGAAUAACGAGGAGUUGAUAAAGCUGAAAUUCGAUCUGAAGGAAGUAAUAAAGCUGACACAUGAUUUAAUUAAGUCACAACAGCAGGAAAAAAGACAAGCCAAUGGCAUGGAUGCUAAAGAUCCUAUUUUGCUUGCAGUUCUGGCGAAUAAGUGGAAAGUUGGCGAUCAGUGUAUGGCACCUUGGAGUGAGGACGGCAAAUAUUAUGAAGCAACUAUAGACUCGAUAGGUGAAGAUGGAGUUGUAAAUGUGACGUUCAAUGAAUACAAGAACACUGAUGUUACUAUGCUCAGUCAACUGAAGUCUGUUGCUAAGAGGCCAGCGUCGGACUGGGCAGAUCAAAAAUCAAAAAAGAUGCAAGCAGCUGCGGUUACGGGUUCGGAUCCAAAUAAGCAAAGGGAAUACCUUAAAAAGAAGAAGCAAAGGAAAUUGCAGCGUUUCAAAGAACUGGAGGAGGAACGUGAAUUGGAAAAGAACAAAUGGUUAGCUUUCACGAAUAAGUCUUCAAAGAAAGGCGUCAUAAAGAAGAGCAUCUUCGCGACACCAGAAAAUGUAAACGGUCGUGUAGGAAUUGGUACCUGCGGUGUUAGCGGUCGGGAAAUGACAAAGUUCAGUAACGGGGAAAAGUGGAGGCGAGGAGCUUAAAUAACGUAUAUGUAAAUAAAUAGAUACUGUGUAACUCGGUGAAAGCGCUAGAGUUUUGUGGAAUUAUAUUGCUAUAUUAUAUCAGAGACUGAUACAUGAACGCUUUUGCGAUAUACGGGACGCAGAAACGUGAUAGUGGGAUUAAUGACGGUUUUAAGUGAGAGAGAGAGAGAGAGAGAGAGAGAGAGUGUGCAGAUAAUACCUUCUAUCACUAACAGAGCGAUUCUAUGAGUAUCGAGACGAUUUCGUAUUUUUUACCAUAAUAAUUCGAAAAUAAUUGCAGUGAAUAAAUGUGUUUUUAGAUUAAUACAUUUCCGUGAACAUAAUUUGUUUACAAUCUCAUUGAUACAAAUAAAUGUAUAUUUUAACGUGCA